AUGCUCAUGCCCGAGGACGCGUGGUGCGCGCCCCGCGGCGAGCGGACCCCGCUCGAGCCCAUCCGAUUCGGCUUGCGCAGGACAAUUACGAGCCACGACUGGCAUCGAGUCCAUCGCUAUGCCCGCCACGUCCGCUCGCUGCGCAUCCAGCCGCAGACAUAUCGCAAGUCCAUCGCGAAGGCGCUGCGAACGUCCGAAUCGGACGGACCCCUCUUCCCCGGCCUCCGCCACCUGUCCUUCGCGUCGCAAUGGGACUGGGACAAGUGCGACCAUCUCGCCAUCCUCCGCAUGCUCCUCAGCCCCAGCCUUGACCACCUUGCCAUCGACAUCCCCAAUAGCUACCUCGAGCAACUAAGCUGCCUGGCCCCCAUCUGCUCCGCCCUCACCACCUUCUCCUUCACCGACCAGGGCCACUCCGACGCGCGCCCCUCCCCCGCCGACCUCACCGCCUGCGUCCGCGCGUGGCCCGCGCUCACGAGCAUCAGCCUCAACGGCAGCGCGGGCAUGUCCCAGCUCAUGCCUGCGCUUGCGCUCUGCGACUCCGCUGGCGGCCCCGACGCUGUCUUCGCGCCCUGCUCGCCCUCCGGCGCGUACCCGCGCGCGAGCUUCGCCGCGCUCCGAGACCUCACCAUCGGCGGGCAGAGCGCGGCUUACGUCGUCGGGCUCAUGAAGAGCUGGGGCGUGCGCCCGAUUGAGCGCCUCAGUGUAUUCGGCUUGGAGCUCCCCGCGGACGCGGCGCGCGCGCUGAUUGCGGACAUUCCGACGCAUUGCGAGCCCACCGCGCUGAGCAGGCUGAUGAUCAGCGCAACCUCGCCGGGGUGGAGGAUGCGUGCGGAGGACGUCGCGCCGCUGGCGAAGUGCCCGAGCUUGACGAGCUUGGUGUUGAACGUGUCCGACGGGGCGGAUAUUGCGGACGUGGAGUACGAGACGCUGGCAAGGAGCUGGCCGCUUCUGCAGCGUGUCGAGUUUCCGGGGUCGUACGACCGUGCAGUCGCUCCGCGGUGUACGAUGGCAGCUCUCGGCGCCUUCGCGGGCGCCUGCACGCACCUCGAGAGCAUCGUCCUCUCCUUCGACGCCAACAUGGACGUUGUACCCUCCCCUUCCCUCUCCAACUCCACCGUCACCCACCUCAACGUCGUCGACUCGCCCAUCGACGAGUCCUGCGCGCCGCGCGUAGCCGAGCGCCUCGCGACUCUGUUCCCGAGCCUAACAUGGAUCGAGGACGACUACGAUGACGGACGAUACGAGGAGAGCCAGGCUGGGUGGGUCGUGGCGGAUGCGGCCAUGCGUGCGCGCGCACGAGCGCAGCGAGCAAAGGUGUGGGCCGCGGAGCGCUCCGCAGUGAAGGCGAAGCUGGCGGCGGCAGCAGCAGCUUCUGCACAGCGAACUCCCUCGUCAAGUUCGACUUCGCUAUCGAGGACAACAUCCUCGAGUAGUGUGGGGACGUCUUACUUCGACGCCCUCCGCGAGCAGUGCAUCAUCGCAUGA